UCUCGCGGAAGCCGCGGGGUGCUGCUCCUGCCUAGGCCGCCGCGCUCCCGCUGGGCUCCGCAGCUUCCCGCAGUCUUUAUUCAUGUUCUGAGACUGUUGUUAGAUGGAACCAUGGAUCCUGGAGCGUUAAUGGAAGCCAUUGUGGAAGAAAUGAACUGUCCUAUCUGUAUGACCUUCCUCAGGGAGCCUGUGAGCAUCAACUGUGGCCACACUUUCUGCCACAGCUGUCUCUCUGGACUCUGGAAGCUCUCAGGAGGAUCCCAGGACUUGGGCUACACCUGUCCACUUUGUCGAGCUCCUGCGCAGCCAAGGAAACUACGUCCCAAUUGGCAGCUGGCCAGUGUUGUAGAUAAGGUCCGUCUGCUAGGCUUCUGUAUGGAAAUGGGAUUACAGACUGAUGUGUGUAAUCUCCACAAGGAACAGCUGACGGUGUUCUGCAAAGAGGAUGAUGUGGUAACCUGCAAGGCCUGUCACCAGUCCCCAGAGCACGAAGCCCACACCAUUGUGCCCAUAAAGGAUGUUGCCUGGGAAUAUAAGUGGAAACUCCAAGAAGCUCUGGAACUUCUGAGGAAAGAACAGGAAGAAGCCUGGAAGCUGGAAGUCAGCGAGAAGGAGCGCGCUGCCAACUGGAAGACACAGAUGGAAACACGGAAGCAGAACAUCCUAUGGGAGUUUGAAAAAUAUCGGCAAUUAUUGCAGGAAAAGGAGCUGCCGUGUCAGCCGGUGGAAGAGGAGGCAGCUGCAGCUCAGGCUAGCCUAGAGCAGGAGGAGAGAGAGACAGCCAACAAACUGGAGUUGAGGCACGGCAAGAUCAUCCAGCAGAGCCAGGCCCUGUGCAGGAUGAUUGUGGAGCUGGAAGAGAGAUCCCAGAGACCUGUGCGCUGGAUGCUGCAGGGUGUUCAGGAAGCCUUAAAUAGGAGCAAAUCUUGGAGCCUGGAGCAGCCAGAACCAAUCUCCUUGGAGCUGAAGACAGACUGUCGUGUGCUGGGACUAAGAGAGAUCUUGAAGACAUAUGCAGUUGAUGUGCGCCUCGAUCCAGACACAGCUUACUCCCGCCUUGUCGUGUCCAAGGACAGAAAAAGUGUGCACUAUGGAGACACCGAGCAGAACCUGCCUGACAAUCCUGAGAGAUUUUACCGCUAUAACAUUGUCUUGGGCAGCCAGUGCAUCUCCUCGGGCCGGCACUAUUGGGAGGUGGAGGUUGGAGACAGGUCUGAGUGGGGCCUGGGAGUGUGUAUGGAAAAUGUAGACCGGAAGGAGGUGGUCUAUCUGUCCCCCGACUAUGGCUUCUGGGUGAUAAGGCUGAGGAAGGGAACAGAGUACCGGGCAGGCACCAAUGAGUACCCCCUCUUGCCCUUGUCAGUCCCUCCGCACCGGGUAGGAAUCUUCCUGGAUUAUGAGGCCCAUGAGAUCUCCUUCUAUAAUGUGACUGAUGGCGGCUCCCACAUUUUUACUUUCCCCCAUUGUCCCUUCCCCGGCCGCCUCCUGCCCUAUUUUAGUCCAUGCUACAGUAUUACCACCAACACCACCCCCCUCACCAUUUGUUCCCUGGUUGGGAAAGACUAGGGGAGCCACCAUCCUAGCCUAAUGUUGGAACUUGGCCUGGGACACAGGGCUACUGGAGGAUACUUCCAUUGAUUAGCAUACCCCUGAACCCAGCUUAGAACCUAAGGGCCCCUCUGCCUGACCUCAUGGUAUCUUGCUGUUAGACCA